AUUUCUUAUCAUUUAGAUAAAACGUUUCCAAGUCUAAGUUUAAAAGUAUCUAACGAUUUACGAUUUAUUUAGUUCUGUAAUGCUACUUCGCUAAAUAAGAGUGCAUUUGAAGAAUUUUCAAUCGAUUCUAUACAUUUAUUUUCAUAUGAUAACAACGUGAUUAUCUUUAAAAAAAAAUUCCACAACUCAUCUUUUCCCUAAUGGGAAGAUGGAGCGCAUUUUCAAAUUUGUGUGUAUUUUAUUAUUUAAUGCAGUAUUAAUAAAUGGGAAGAAUUAUACUUGUGAUUUUGAAUAUGAUAUGUGUGAAUGGAAGAAUGAAAAUGACGAAGGUUUAAUUUGGAGUCGUGGUCAAGGAUCUACCGUAACGCCUUUCACUGGACCAUCCGAAGAUCAUACUAAACAAUUAGGAAAUGGAUGGUAUGUGUAUGUGGAUGUCAGUAAGGGUAAAGGAAAUGCAAGAUUAUUAGGUCCUGAGAUUAAUGGAAUAUACUGUUUGCAAUUUUGGUAUCAUAUGUACGGUGCAGAUGUAAACCGCUUAAGGACAUAUCUGAAGAUCAAAGAAAAGACAGAUGUGGUUUUUCAUCGCAAAGGUACGCAAGGCUUUCGCUGGAAAGAAGCAAAAAUGACAAUUGGAAAUAAAGAUCUUGUAUACCAGGUGAUGUUUGAAGUAGAACAUAAACUUAAGCGAUUUAUAAAAGGUGAUAUUGCCUUGGAUGAUAUUAGUUUAAACAGUGGAGCCUGUUCAUUCACUUCAGCACAAGAGGAUGAGAUAUGUACCUUUGAUAACAAAAAUGAUUGUGGAUAUAAAUUUGUUAAUGAUAAAUAUUUUCAAUGGAGUCUUAUUCAAGCUGGGGUUGAUCGAUUAGUUUAUCCAAGGACAGAUCAUUCGCUUGGAACUAAUAAAGGUAAUA